AUGCUAUCGCGCAGUUGCGGCGCCAGCGAUCUGUCCAGCCGCACUAACUGCUUUGAGCACCCGCCCCUGAUUAGCCAAUACGAAACCGGCGUCUGCGCCAAGCCCUUCUCAGCAUCUGCUUUCCGGCCCUGCAUUUCCAACUCAGCAUUGCGCUCGACGGCCACGGCGGAAGAGUCGAUCGCAGAUUUUGCCGCAACAGCCCAGUUGCUGUUCUUGGGGCCACGGCUACGCUCAGCAGCCUCGCCCGGUAGCAGCUUUGCGCUGCAGUCGCCAUCCUCCAGCGCCGACGCGACCACAUCGCCGUUUCCCUGCAGCGCGGCAAUUUCAGCCACGGCCGACCCGCCCUCCCUAGGCGCGCAAAGCAACUCUCGCAGCGACGCCAUCUCCGCAGUUCCUGCUUCGCACCAGCCCGCUCGCUCCAGCCCUUCCAAGGCGCCUGCAUCGCCGCAUCAGACUGUCUUUCAUAAGCAAGGCCAACGCUCGAUAUUUGGCAGCUUCGCCACACCGGGCGCAAAUCCGACUCGGCUACAGCGCCUAUCGUCUGCUCGCUUGUGGAAUCCCACCAACUCAACUCCCAGGCCUUCCGCCCACAGACGCCGCCCUUCAAGUCCGAUUGGUCCCCCAGUACCGCUGCAGCAUCCAGCUCUCGACGACUCUACCAACACCGCGGACCCAAACGUUACUGGCGCUGGCGACUAUCCUCUGCUCACGCUCACCGAGCAUAUACAGGCGAGGCACUCCACAUCAACGCCGAUCAGCUUUCAGUUCGACUUGAAUACAACGGAAAAUAAGCGAAUAAGCUUACCCGGAUCUGUUCGUGCGUCGUACGACGAGCGACGCUCUCAAACGCUCUCUCCAACUCGGUUUGACUUUCCAAACAGAACCAGCGGCGAAUUCAGUAGCGAAUCUCCGCCGCCUGCAAACGUGCCUGGAAUCGACAAAGGCAAAGGCGUCAUGAUGCCUGAUAAUGAAGAGUCGAGGAGGUCCUACUCCAGAGAUCUGGAGCGAGGACCGGAUAUCAUGGACCCCCAUCGUUUUUCCAACGUCUCUUAUGGCGACGGUAUAGGAUCUGCAAUCUCCUCAUCCAACUCGUCCAUCAUGGGCGAGGAGAUUCAGCCAGAUCUGGGAGAGGCCUGGGGACCGCAGCAUCCAUGCUUCCCUCACUUGAAUCCUCAUGUACCGACAGACUCUGCCGAGUAUGCCAAGACACGGAUUAUCCGAAUCCGCCGAGACUGGCUUCUCCAAGGUGACCUGGCUCCUACCUUUUCAAACCUUUAUCCUGAAAUCCUGGAUCCUGCGGGGAUUCCUGAACCUGAAUUCCGGCAGAUCAUUGAUAAGCUCAACAAAGAGCUGAUACCCGCCUUUGAUCCCUACAAUUUUCGAAACAUGUUUGAUGCAUUUGUUGGACUCGCAACUGGCUGGCUGUGGGAUGACUUUGGUAUGACCGGCAUCAAAUCUCGACUGAACAGCCUAGAGACCUGGAUCGAGCAGUGGAAUCGUGAGAAAGAAAAGACAACAUCUUCCGAGGACGGAGUUCUCCCCCCAAAGCUGAUUUCGCUUCGCCGCACGGGGUACAUGACUCUGGACAUACAAAUUCCAGACCCAGAGAUUGCGCCGGCACCAAGUAGUACCGGUGCUGGCGAGUCUAUGACAGCUCUACCACUGGAAGAACCAGCACCACCAGCACCCGUUCUUGUCGCAUAG